CAAACGUUGAAGUGAACUGAACGCACCUCAGGUGUUUUUUGUUUUUUUUUGUCAGAGGCUACAACAAAAAUGUGUGCUUUUGGUGAUACUCGAGGACUGGAGUUGUAAACCACUGGACUAGCAGGCUUGAUAGAUGGCAAACUAACUGGGACACCAAUGAUGAGAAAAUGAAGAUGACGAGAAUAAAGAUGAAUGCAACUAGAAUGCCCCCUAAGAAGAAAGGAGAGUCUGCCCUUAAGCAUGAUACAGCUGGACAAGGAGUAGAGGACUCAGAACACCCUGGGUCCGACAGUGAGGCUCUGCUACAGAGAGAGUACGACAAGCUAACCGACACCUUGAACAACCUCAAGAGGAAAGUGGAAAAGUUACGGCGUGAGAAUGAGUUCCUACAGAAUGAGGCCAACCAGACUCGCAUGGAGAGCCAAGAGUACAUGUCGUACAUGUCCAAGCGGACCCAGAAACGUCAGAGUGCCAUCGUCACCCUUAGCGACCAAAACCACCAGGCGCUGGAGGCCCUGAAGAGGCAGAGGGAGGAGAAUCUAGACAAAUACCAGGAACAGGCCAAUGACCUGAAGAAGGAGAUUCUGGAGAAGGAGAAUGAACUGGCGCUGUUAAAUAUUGAGAUUGCUGAGCUCCGAGAAUUUAAAAGCUUGCAGCAGCAGCAGCUGGGGCGUAUAGCAGAGCUAGAGAGGGAGGUGACCAGUAUGCACUGUCGUCACUCUGAAUCCCUGCAGGCCCUGAAGGCUGGCUUCCUCAGUGAGAAAGAGAGGUACGAAGCACAGGCCAAACAAAAAAUACAGGCCCUGGCCCUCGCCGCUAAUAGGGAGGCAUCUCGCUGCCUACUGUCCCACACUAGAGCUGUGUCCCUGGAAAACCAGCAUCUGAGGGAAGAGCUGCAUCAGCUGAUCCAGAGAGCCCACUCCCUGAGGGGACUUCAGGACCAGCUCCAGGCCCAGAGGCAGCAGCUCCUACUGGAGAGGGAGUACGUCAGGGAGCUGAGGCGCCUCCGAGCCACCCCGGGGCCGACCCCACCAGGGUCCCACACUCGGCCACUGGGGGUGGACAGAGGGAGAGAAGACACAAGACACCACCGCACAGCAGAUACCUGAGAGAUAAUACAUAUGGAAUCAUGUAGUAACCAAAAAAGUGUUCAAUCAAAAUAUAUUUGAGAUUCUUCAAAGUAGCCACCCUUUGCCUUGAUGACAGCU